AUGUCUUUUCGUCAACUUGCCGUUGCGGCCAUCCUGGCCUUAGCUUCACUUACCAACGCGGCGGAGAAGCCGGCAGAGGACCCUAUACCGGGCACGGAUACCGUCCACGGAUGUUACAAGUCAGUGGGAAACUUGAAGCUUGCGGAGACCAUCGAAUUCAACACUCAGGGUGCAUGCAACACACUGUGCCGUAGUAAACAGGCCCUCGUUGCUGCUUCCAAUGCCAAAGACUGUUACUGCGGUAAUCAAUAUCCCAGCAAAGCUGAUCUAGUCGACGAUGACCAAUGCAACGAGCCAUGCCCUGGUUUUAAAACAGAAGCUUGUGGUGGUCUUGAUACUUAUACGGUUUACAAUACCGGAGAAAGGGUAGCAGUUGGCGAGGUAUCGUCUUCUAGUUCUUCUACUGCUACUCCUUCAAAGACCAGCUCAUCGGUCAGCGAUAUUCCGGCCACUACCUCUGAACCCACUCAGACUGUAACAGCCUCCAACGAACCCGAGAAGGGCUCUAGUACCAACGUCGCGGGGAUUGCAGCUGGCGUUGUGGUUGGUGUUGUCGCGAUAACCGCCUUUGGUGGCGCUGCUUUCUUCUGGUUGCGCCGAAAGAGAAAUGCCGAAAUUGAAGAAGAGCACCGACGAAAUGCCGCUGUCAAUGCGUUUAUUAGUGGCGGAAAGCCUCCGAGCAGCAGCGGUGGUCUCUCGAUGUCCGACUCUCGUCUCGAUCCCGUUAUGAACCGACGAAUGAGCGACGGUAGCAUCGCUGACAACCAAGAUUACUCGCGAAGAAUUCUAAGGGUUACCAACGCUUGA